CAUCUCAUGCAGUCAUUAAUUACAAAUAUACUGGUACAGCGUUAUGAAUUUAACGAAAAUAGUUUUGGGUGCUUCUGCUGCUGUUUCAUGUGCUGUGGUUGGAUAUCAGGGCAAAAAGCUAGUGGCUGCACAAAAAGAAUAUGAAUUGGUUCAUGUCCAAGUUAUAUUCCGUCAUGGAGCAAGGACACCAUUACAUAUACCAUCGUACAUUCCUACAGUUCGAUACGAUGAAAGCUUACUAGAACAUGCUUCAAAAACCAUCAUCCCUUACGAAUUAGUAACCUUCUCCUCCAGUCUUCCUGAGAGUCCAUUUGAAGAAUCGUACAAGCACAGGGGUAAAUUGGAAGGGGGCUGUUUGCCUGGUCAAUUGACCCAUGUCGGAGCAGACCAGAUGUAUCAAUUGGGACUGUAUCUUAAAAAACGUUACUUGGAAGAUGAAAGGUUUUUGUCUUCAUCAUACUCAGGCCUGUUAAACGAAAUUUACACCAGAUCUACAAAUAUUGAAAGGACAAUUAUGUCUGCAAGAUGUGUUCUGGCAGGGAUAUUUUCAGGUAAAUCUGGAAGCGAUGUUCUUCAAAUUCAUGUCACACCACCAAAUGAAGAAAUAAUGUAUCCAAAUUAUUAUACCUGUAACUAUCUGCGUCUUCUAACAAGAUGGGCAUGGUCACAUCCUGAGAAAAUACCUGGCGUAUCUGCAAUCCAAGAAAUGGUUCGAAAACCUCUAAGUAUUUCCGAUAAAGACACAGCUGAUUUGGUAUCGAUAAGAGACAAUAUUGCUGUUGAAGAAGCUCAUAACAAGCCAUCUGUUGGAAGCAAACUUAGCUUGAAAACACGAGAUAUAGUGGAAGAAGGUGCAAUGAAAAUCAUGCAUACUGCGUUUGUUGGAGAAGAGAAUGUCAGGGAAAGAUCUUUGAAGCUGGCGAUUGGGCCUUUUGUCGAUAUAAUAAUGAACAACAUAGAAGUGAAAUCAGAGGGCAAAGACUCAUCGAAUAUCAAAAUGCAUCUUUAUUCUGGCCACGACACAACCUUGAUACCCCUUCUUAGUGCUCUUGGUAUAAGGUAUGCUCAUUGGCCACCAUAUGCUGGAAAUGUUAUCAUCGAGUUGCAUCGCAAAAAUAAUGCUUCAGGAAAAGAACCAAGUUACUUUGUUCGGAUGCUGUACAAUGGAGAAGAACAGCCUGUUGGACGAUGGAUGAAGUAUAUGUGUCCCCUGAAUGAAUUUCAGGAUUCUGUGGCCGAUAUUCGUAUUGCUUAUGAAGACUAUUCAAAGCAAUGCAUGAAAACUGAAGAUUGAAGUUGAUCAAAUUAUCAUGUUUUCUCAACUUAUUCAUAGCAUAAUAAUUUAUUUGUUAUAUUGGGUUAUAUGCAAUUAUUUCUUGCUGAUUUAUCCACUUUAUCUAUAUACCCAUGUCACUGCGAUUCAUACUUUUAAGGAACAAAUUAAUUUUUGCUUAAUUUACACACUCUCACCAUACCCGUUGUAAUUUGCUCAUUUUAUGAAACAAAAUAUACGAAUUUAUCGACAAUAA